AUGGCUUGUUGUUGCAAACUUCUUACAGGCUUCCUAUUAUGGGCUCUUUUGAUGCUCUCAUGGUGUGAAGCUUCACGAAGCAGCAUUAAUAGAAUGUUCAAAUCCGAUAGCUUGAUCAAGCGAAGAGACGAUAGUACACGUUUGAAAAGCUUUGUAAGAGUCUCUUCGCAGCCUCCAACCACUGUUAGUGUGUCUGAUUUUGGAGCUAAAGGAGAUGGAAAAAUCGAUGACACGCAGGCGUUCAUGAAUGCAUGGAAGAAAGCAUGUUCUUCAAGCGGAGCUGUUAAUCUCUUAGUUCCUGAAGGGAAUACUUACUUCCUCAAGUCUAUUCGAUUAAAUGGUCCAUGCAAAUCAAUUCUUACCGUUCAGAUCUUCGGAACGUUAUCGGCAUCUCAAGAACGAUCUGAUUACAAAGAUCUCAGCAAAUGGAUUACGUUUGAUAGCGUUAACAGUCUAUCUAUAGAUGGUGGAGCCACUGGAACUGUCAACGGAAACGGCGAAACGUGGUGGCAAAACUCAUGCAAACGGAACGAAGCUAAGGUGUGUGCUCUCACUUUCUACAACUCGAAGAAUUUGAGAGUGAAUAACCUGAGGGUGAGAAAUGCGCAACAGAUCCAGAUUUCGAUAGAGAAAUGUUCCAACGUUCAGGUCUCAAAUGUAGAGGUCACUGCGCCUGCUGAUAGUCCUAAUACCGAUGGUAUUCACAUCACUAACACCCAAAACAUUCAAGUCUCCAGAUCCAUCAUUGGAACAGGUGAUGAUUGUAUAUCUAUUGAAACUGGAUCACAAAAUGUUGAAAUCAAUGAUUUAACUUGCGGUCCCGGUCACGGUAUCAGCAUUGGAAGCCUAGGAGAUGACAAUUCAAAGGCAUUCGUAUCAGGCGUGACUGUAGAUGGUGCUAAGCUUUCAGGUACAGACAAUGGAGUUAGGAUCAAAACUUAUCAGGGAGGGUCAGGAACUGCCAGGAACAUUAUAUUUCAGAACAUUCAGAUGGACAAUGUGAAGAAUCCAAUCAUAAUCGACCAAGAUUACUGUGACAAGAGCAAAUGCACUGAACAGAAAUCAGCGGUCCAAGUGAAGGACGUGGUGUACCGGAACAUAAGUGGCACAAGCGCAUCGGACAUGGCAAUAACGUUGAACUGUAGCAAGAACUAUCCAUGCCAAGGAAUUGUCCUUGACAAAGUGAACAUUAAGGGAGGGAAAGGAAGUUGCAGCAAUGCUAAUGUGAUGGACAAAGGCACUGUUUUCCCUCAGUGCACAUCCACUUAA